CCCAUUCCCUACAGCUCCUCCCCUUUGCCGCAGGCCUUGGAGCAACAGCACCUGCAGCUCUUUUUGAGGACGAUUUUCAAACGGUUCAUACACCUAGCAGCGACCACCGUCAGUGGCAGUCUUCUUCGGAUCGCUUCGACCGGUGCAAGUGUUUUUCAGCAGCUCCUCUCUCUCUACUACAACACUCCUGUCUUCUGCCAUUCCUCGUUGGUUCUAUCAUUCAAUUUGGGUUGAUUUAUAUUCCUCCUCUCGAUAAAGAAACGGAAGGACUUGGGCUACUCCCCUACUACACCAUCGUGUCUCACAAAUUCCAUUCGGAUCCAUCCAAUCAACCCGACAGUUUCCCAUUAGCUAAUUGAAAAGGUUUGCACAUUUUCCAGACGAGCAAAUCCGAGCGUUGAACAGCACCGCGGCCAGAUUGCAAGAGGGACGUCGAACGGAGCCAACAAUCUUUUCCACAUCUACCACCACCAUGAAAAGUCGGGGGUCGACAACCGUUCUGGCCAAAGUGGCGCUACUCUUCGCCAUCCUCCAGGUAGGAAAUGGGCAGAACGCCCUGGGUCAGGAGCCGUGGCAACAGGAGCGGCCCGUCAACUUGCCGCAAAUUCAAAAUCUCGAAGUCAUGUGCGCCAAGGAUCACAUGGAAGUGCAGCUGUCGUUCGACAAGCCCUUCACCGGUCUGGUCUUCUCCAAGGGCCAAUUCGGCCAGGACAAUUGCGUCUACGUCCACCCGAAAUCGAGCCGGACCAACUUCCGCUUCUCCAUCAUCUACAACGGGUGCGGGACCAAGCCGGACGCCAAGGGCAAAUUCUACGAGAACACGGUCGUCGUCCAGUACGACGAGGAGCUCAUCGAAGUCUGGGACGAGGCCAAACGGCUCCGCUGCGAGUGGUACAACGACUACGAGAAGACGGCCACCAAACCGCCCAUGGUCAUCGCCGACCUCGAAGUCGUCGAGCUCAAUUUCAGAGGUGAUAACGUCGACUGCUGGAUGGAAAUUCAAAACGGCAAAGGGCCGUGGGCCAGUCCAAUCAGUGGUAUCGUUCCACUCGGCUCCACUCUGACGAUGGUAGUCGCCAUCAACGAUCUAGCGGGUGAAUUCGACAUGCGCGUCAAGUCGUGCGAAGCUUCUGACGGAGUUAACCGGCCCAUCCAGCUGUCGGACGAGCACGGCUGCGUCCUCCGGCCCAAGAUGGUCUCGAAAUUCUUGAAGCUGCGCAGCAACGACGGCCGCUCGACCGUCAUGAGCUACGCCUUCUUCCACGCCUUCAAGUUCCCCGACUCGCUCCAGGUCUACAUCCGCUGCAAGGUGGAAAUCUGCCGGCACGGAUGCCCGGAACACUGCGACAAGACCAUCAGCCGGGCGGCCGAGCAGCAGCUGGCCUACACCGAGACCAAGGCCUCCUACAAUCCGGCCGCCACCGCACCCGUUCCCUCAUUCGUUCCCAUUCCGGCCCAGCAGAAAUCUUCAUCCGCCUACGAGCUGCCGCCUCAGCCGUUGCCCGGCCGCAACUUGCCGGUGGCUCCGCCUGUAGCCCAGCAACAGCAGCAGUAUCCGGCCCAGAGGAGGAAUCCACUUCCGCCAGCCCGCGAAGUCGAACCGGAGCCUCAGACCAGCAGCAAACGUCCGUUCUUUGGUCUGCUGGGCCGCAACAAGCCCAGCUCUCCCGAACGCUCUUCCCGCCCUGGACUCUUCCAGAAGAAAAAGGACAAUUUCAGUCCGGUGGCCUCCGCCCAGGUGGCACCUCCUCCGCCUCAAGCCCAGGCUCAAGUGGUGGACGUCCCGAUCCCCAUUCCGGGCAGCCAGACCCAGGACCAGGGACUCAGCGUCGCUCUACCAUCGCCAAUCGACCGGCCCCUGGAAAGAGAAGAGAAAAAAUCCGAAGAUAACAAAUACUCGGAACGAGGACCCGGCAAAUUCCCGCACGGACCCCGCAGUCUCAAUUUCGACAAAUUCGACAUCGCCCACAUUCACGAUUUGAGCCAAUACGAAGUGCGGCAGAAGAAGUCCGAGGGCGUCAAGAGCCGAUCGAAGCGUUCGUACGCCAUUCACGAGCGUCACGUGCGCAGCGCCGACGUCGGCGUCAAAGUGGGCUACGAAGUCAUUUCGGCCGUCGAUUUGGCCUUUUCUUUGAACAGCAACUCGACCAACGGAGACGGCGACGUGCCCAGCGUCACCAUCUUCCAGGGCAAGAUCCGCGAGGAGGUCGUCUACGGCAUCUGCCUGCCGGCACCGGGCUUUUCGGCCCUGUUCGUCCUGCUGGCCAUGUGCGUCGUCAUCUCCGUCCUGGUGGCCAGUUUCCUCUGCUACCACCGGCAGCUGCAAAAGGCCGAUCACGACGGCCCGUCUCAUCCGCACAUGAACGUCAGCAUGGGCAGCGUCGUCACGCCGUCCGUCCCCUUCCGCGACUGGAGCACCGUCCACUUUAUCCGGAAUCCCAGCAAGUCCGUCGUGGAGACCCAGUCUUAAAAGAAACAAACAAAAUAAAACAAAUGAAGCUGAUUAAAUAUUUUAAAAGUUCAACUAACAACCACUAAGACUCAAACACAACGAAUAGGACGAGACGGGACAAACCAACAAAAAUUAAUUUUUAAUCCACUUAAUUAAUAUUGUUAUUUUUAAAUUUCAUUAGACGAGCCCCCCCUCCCUACAUUGAGUCGUAUUCAUUUGGAAUCUUGGCAUUGUCCAGUUCUCUCUAUCUCUUUUCUUUCUUUUUUGGCUCUAUUUGAAAUCAUCUGCUGGACCGGUUAAAUGAGGUUUUUAUUGAUUGAAUUCAGUUUGAUUUAACACACAAAACUCUUUUGAUGAGGAGAUGUCUAGAAUGGGCGAUUCUCGAUCGAGAGUUAUUGACUAAGAUGAAGUAAUCGCUAUCGGCUGGAUUUCUCCCAUCAUCUUUUGAUUUCAUUUAUGUUACAAAAACAAAAUUUGUAUGGGUUUUUUCUUCCUUCCUUUCUAAUAUUGGGUGUUUUAAUUAAGUUUCCCCGAAACGCAAAAGGGUUUGUCUCGUUUAUUUUUUUUAAUUUAUUCCUCCUCCUCCUACACCUUAUACACACCUAUACACCGCCGGACACCAUUUUUCUAAUUUCCUUCCCCCAUCAAGUCUCUAUCUCGUUGCGUAUUCGAUAUAUGCUCAAAAAAUGCCUUCAAUUACAUCUCCUCCUAUAAUCUCA